AUGAAGUUUCCAUUGGUCGCUCUUGCGGCUCUGGUCGCUACAACCCACGCCUUUUCGUUGCAAGGACCGGUCGUCGGUCAUCACAAGUUAUUGCAGAACCAACGAGAACGGGUUGUCCUGCACAUGGACGAUUACGACGACUUUGACGAAGAAGAUUUUGUCGAUGAUGGUGAUAUCACGAAACCCUCAUGGGGUCAGUCUGCUUCUGCUUCACGAAUGGGAGAAGUGGAUGUGAUUGUGGUGGAACCCAUCGAGACGGUUCGUGAGGCAACCACCGUUGUAACUACCGAUCCUGUCAGCAGUGGUGAAGAUCCCUCCAAGAUGAGAGUCCGAGAAAUCAAGGACGAACUCGAUUCGUGGGGAGUCGACUACGACGAUUGCUUUGAAAAGACGGAUUUGGUCAAGAGACUCGAACAAGCCAGAGAGAAUCCUGGACAACAGAUUGGUCAACAAAUCAGGGUGGAAAUGAGUGCCGAAGGACGGGCGGAAAAGGAAAAAUUGCAGUCGUUUGGCUAUGUAGGCUUCACCGAAGAAGAGUUCUUUGCCAUGCAGUCCGCCCACGCUCGGCAAGAUCCGCAGAGAGGAAACGUCGUUGAGACAUCGGUGAAUGAGGCAGGUUCCAAUAGUGCUGGAAACAGUCAAAAGAAUGUGUUUCUCGAGGAAACACCCGAACCGAAGCAGCACAAGAAGAGGACUACCAUUGACAGCCGCCAAGGAAAUAGUGUCUGGAUGGAAGAUACUCCUCAACCCACCCAGAGAAAGAAGAAAACGGCACGCACCAUUGACAGUCGCAAGGGAAACAGUGUCUGGCUCGAUGAUUCCAAGCCAUCUGCCUCCCAAUCGACGCCCAGCAGUGGCCGGGGAGUGCAGUUGGAGGAUGUCCCGGCUCCCAAAAUUAAAAACGGCAAACGUGGUCCCAGGACAGUGGAACCCCCGCAAGCCGCCAGAGGGAUCCGUGUGGAGAACACUCCUUCGAAGUUUGAGGCACCCGCGUACACACCACCGCCGCCCAGCCGCAAGUCGACCAUUCUGCUCGAAGACCUUCCCGGUCCGGACGACCUUUUUGGAUUUCGCAAGAGGCCCAGUAGAGGACCCACCAAUUUGCCGCAAAACUCCGCGUCGACUGUCCCGCAGGCGCCUCGCGUCAAGAAACCCACCGCCGAUGGCAAAGGCUACGUGGGAAUGACCGAAGACGAAUACUUUUCCGAACGAGCUUCCUGGGUAAGCAAUGGUAUGCAGACAUCGGCGCCAGUGCCACAGAAAAAGACCGUGCCCUUUGGCAUGACCGAAGAAGAGUUUCUCACGCAACAAAGGGCGAUUGGAAUUGUGAAUGAGAUGAGUAGCAACGAGGAUGACGAUGAUGAUGAUGCUGAACAGCAUUUCUGGAACACCCGAGAUACGUACAACAACAGCCGAAGUGUGAAUGGAGGUCUUAUCGCUGACGAGCUCCUCUAG